AUGAUCAAGGACCAAUUGCCGGACCUACGGCUCAGUCCUCUCGGCGUCGUACCACAAAGAGAGAGACGUCCUCGCACGAUAUGCGACUACACGUUCUUUGGAGUCAACGAGGAGACUGAGGAGACAGCACCGAUGGAAGCCAUGCAAUUCGGAAAGGCUCUCCACCGGAUAAUGACCAAGGUCCACCAGGCGAAUCCAGCACACGGUCCUGUCUACAUGUCGAAGGUAGACAUAGCCGAUGGCUUCUAUCGAGUUUGGAUACAAGCCAACGACAUCCCAAAGCUGGGAAUGCUGUUUCCAGCCAGAGAUGGAGAAGAGCUGAUGAUCGCCUUCCCACUAGUCCUGCCCAUGGGGUGGAAGGAAUCACCACCAAACUUCAGCGCUGCAACCGAGACAGUAGCCGACAUGGCCAACGCCAACAUAGCCGACAACACACACCAACCGGAACCACACCGACUGGAAACCGUGUCCGAAACGCCACCAGAACACGACGUCCAGUCGCCACACGACGAAAAAGAAAACACGACCAAUGCCCAACAACAGUGCAGCCCAACAACGGCACUCCCUCAGCCGACUACAGCGGCAUACACGGCAUCACGACCGGCUGCUGGAAAUCCUGGACGGCAUCCAGCCUACGCAAAGACCGAUAGCAACGCGACAAUGGCAUAA